UUUCUUGGUUUUGAAAACAAAACGACUGACCCAUUACGAAAUGCUUUCUUGCGCCUCCUUUAACAAACUCAUCUACCCGACGGCCGCAGAUGUCGCCAAAUCGCCCGUGGUGGGUGUUGAGGUGGGUGGCGGCGGCGGCGGAGGUGUCGGAGUGGGCAUGGCUGGGAGUAUUGGGUCCCUGGCCAGCCUCCAGACCCUGACCUCCGUUACGUCGAUGGGCAGCAAUGCGCCCAGCGAGACCCAGAGCGAGAUAUCCUCGGUGGAUAGCGAUUGGAGUGACAUACGCGCCAUCGCCAUGAAGUUGGGCGUAAAAAAUCCAGACGAUCUGCACACCGAACGGUUCAAGGUCGAUCGCCAGAAGUUGGAGCAGUUGAUAAAGGCGGACAGUGCCAUAGAAGGCAUGAAUGGAGCCGAGUAUUUCUUUGAUGAUAUCAUGAACACGACGGAUACCUAUGUGAGCUGGCCUUGCAGACUCAAAAUCGGCGCCAAGAGUAAGAAGGAUCCCCAUGUGCGAAUCGUCGGUAAAGUGGAGCAGGUGCAGCGGGCCAAGGAACGCAUCCUAAGCAGCCUUGACUCGAGGGGCACCCGUGUUAUCAUGAAAAUGGACGUUAGCUACACGGACCACUCGUACAUCAUUGGACGCGGCGGCAACAAUAUUAAGCGAAUCAUGGACGACACCCACACCCAUAUCCACUUUCCCGACUCCAAUCGCUCUAAUCCCACUGAGAAGUCCAACCAGGUGUCGCUGUGCGGCAGCCUGGAGGGCGUGGAACGAGCCCGGGCACUGGUCCGCCUCUCCACGCCCCUGCUCAUCUCUUUCGAGAUGCCCGUGAUGGGACCCAGCAAGCCGCAGCCGGACCACGAGACGCCCUACAUCAAAAUGAUUGAGAGCAAGUUUAAUGUGCAGGUCAUAUUCUCAACCCGUCCCAAGCUGCAUACCUCACUAGUGCUGGUGAAGGGAUCCGAAAGGGAGUCCGCUCAAGUCCGAGAUGCCACUCAAUUGCUGAUCAACUUUGCCUGCGAGAGCAUUGCAAGUCAAAUUCUCGUGAAUGUCCAGAUGGAGAUCUCGCCGCAGCACCACGAGAUCGUUAAGGGAAAGAAUAACGUGAAUCUACUUAGCAUCAUGGAACGCACCCAGACUAAGAUCAUCUUCCCCGAUCUUAGUGACAUGAAUGUUAAGCCGCUCAAGAAGUCGCAGGUGACAAUCAGCGGACGCAUCGACAAUGUUUACCUGGCACGACAACAAUUGCUGGGCAACUUGCCCGUAGCAUUGAUCUUUGACUUUCCGGACAACCAGAACGAUGCCUCCGAGAUAAUGGGGCUCAACACCAAGUACGGCGUGUAUAUCACCCUGCGCCAGAAGCAGCGCCAAAGCACCCUGGCCAUUGUGGUCAAGGGCGUGGAGAAGUUUAUAGACAAAAUAUACGAAGCCCGUCAGGAGAUACUGCGCCUGGCCACGCCCUCCGUCAAGCCGGAGAUCCCCGAGCUCUACUUCAUGCCCAAAGACAAGGACCUGAGCCUGGCCUACCGAACUCAACUGACUGCCCUGCUAGCAGGCUAUGUGGACAGCCCCAAGACCCCAUCCCUGCUUCCGCCUGCUCUGGCGGGUCAGCUCACGCCCUACGCCAACAACAACCACCUGCUGCUGAAUGCCAAUGCAGGUGUGGCUGUGGGUGGCUUGGCCACGCCCACGGGUAUAUGCGCGCCUACUCAGAAGUAUAUGCAGCUUCACAACAGCGCCUUCCAGCAGAGUCAGGUGGGGACUGCUCAGGCAGGACGCCCGCUCAGUGUGAACCACAACAACAACUACCUACAAGUGCCCGGCGGAGUGGGCGGAGUAGGAGGAACGGGGCAGCUGAAGCCACCGCCCAUGAACGUUUCGCCUCGAAACAGCUGCAGUCAGAACACCAGCGGCUAUCAGAGCUUCAGCAGCAGCACCACGUCACUGGAGCAGUCCUAUCCGCCUUAUGCCCAGCUGCAGGGAGCCGUCUCAUCCACCUCCUCCUCGGCGGGCUGCGCGAAUCGGGCGCACUAUUCUCCCGAUUCCACAUAUGGCAGUGAGGCAGGAAGCGUGCCGGGUGGCGGCGGAGGUGGUGGUGCCCGUCUGGGUCGCCGCCUGAGCGACGGUGUCCUCUUGGGCCUGGGCAACGGGUCAGGCGGAGGGGCUCCUCUGCUGCCUGGCAGUGCCGAGAGCUACCGCAGCUUGCACUACGACCUGUCCGGAUCUGGAUCUAUUUCGGGCUCUGGAACAGGAGCUGCCGGCAACAAGCAUGCCAAUAUCCAUCGGGCUUUCGACUUUGACAUGAAGCGGGCGUUGGGCUUCAAGGCCAUGGAGAGAACACCCAUAGCAGGUGAGCUUCGCACUCCCACCCCUGCCUGGAUGGGCAUGGGCCUCAGUUGCACCUCACCAGCUCCGCUCGAGACGGCAGACGACGGCGGCGGUGCCGGAGCUGGAGCAGGUCCCGGAAUGGGCAACGGAUGGCGGCUGCCGGCAGGACUGGGCUCUCCGUACGGGCUAAGCGCCACUACCGGGCUGCUGGACGCCACCCCAGUGAACCGCCGAAUGCAUCUGGCACAGCACAAGGACAUCCAGACCCUUCUCACUAGCUUGGGGCUGGAGCAUUACAUCAAAAUUUUUGUGCUCAACGAAAUCGACCUGGAGGUGUUCACCACACUGACGGAAGAGAACAUGAUGGAACUGGGUAUCGCCGCGUUUGGAGCUCGCAAGAAGCUGCUGGCGGCCAUCCACACGCUGCUGGCUAGCGAGGCAGCCUGCAGCAGUAUGCCCAGCAGCAGCUCCUCGCAGAAUUCCUCAUCGCCGCGAUUCUCCGGCAGUGCGGCCCCCGGCGCUGAGCGCCGUCCCUCCAACCAGUGGUGAUCCAUCCCAACUACACACCAGCACCACCACCCCUUUAUUUAUUUACUCUCCCACAACUAGUGGGUACUAUUUGCAUGCAUGCAUCGUUUUGUAGUCGUAGGAUAACAAAAACAAAAAAAAAAAAACAAAAAACACAGAAGUUGAAUCCCGGAAACGGAAACCCGUAGAGAACCUCUUGAAAUAUUCCCUAAAUGCGCGUGUGAGGACAUCACACAUACAGUUUGGCAUCGACCUUGACUUAUACUCGCACUUGUACUCAAAUUCCAAGUAGCAGAGCUGUGCUAGGGAAAAGUUAUCAGAAGUUCGCCCUAGCUCGUAGUUAUCUUAUUUUAAGCGAUUAAUUUAUUUCGAAAAUAUUUAUAUAAAACAAACACACAAAAAGAAAAUUGUAUUAGCAAAAAUUGUGAAUUAUUUAUGAAAUCAAACUAAACGAAAUCAUGUAUUGUAAGAAAUGAAUUUAUGUAAAUUAACUGAAAUAGAAAACGGAAAAAUAGGUACUCGCAGGCUGAAUUAAGUGAUAAGCGAAAAAGUCACUCGCAAAAAUUGAUAUGAAUAAAUUGAUGUCUAUUGAAAACUAA